AUGCAUCAUAUGUUUUGUAUUACCAUGUACAAUGAGCCUUAUAUUCAGAUAUUACAAUCUCUCUCCGGAAUCUAUAGAGCUUACUUUGAGCUAUUGGAGACUAACCAGGAAAAAUAUGAAGACAAGAUCUCAAUUUGUAUUGUUUGAGAUGGCUACCCAAUUUUUACUAAAGGGGAUGAGAAGAUUAACAACUGGCAAAGAUAUGAGAAGGCUGGCAUUUAUGAUCAUGAUGCUUCGAGUAGUUACUGGGGGAUAAAUCGAGAGAAAGAAGGAAGUAACAGAGAUACCCAUUUCAAGUACUCUGAUGCGCCUUCUCUUUCAAAACUAUCAAACGACUGUAUUAAUAAUGAUGAUGGAUCUUUUGGAAAUAAAGACUCUAUGAUUUCUUUGGAAACUAAGAACAUCGCCCACUGCUACUCUAGGUCCAUGAGGUUUGAAGAUUUCCUGAGUGGUCUUAGUGUUCGAGAACAGCAAGGCUUCAAGAUUGACGACCUUGCUAUUGAAGACUUUCUGUAUGGUGAUGACGAGGAGACCAAAAUUAAGACGAGGAGAUUCUGUUCUAUGCCUAUCGAUGUACAUCUUGUUGUAAAGCAUUUUAAUAGAGGCAAAAUUGAGAGUCAUCUUUGGUUCUUCAAAGGCUUCUGUAAUACAGUUCAACCAACCUUGGCUACCAUUAUUGAUGCUGGAACCAUUCCCCUCUGGAACAGUUUAUCCAGAAUGUCUAUUUUUAUGGAGCUGAAUUACAACACUGGAGCUUGAUGUGGGGAAAUCGAAGUGAUGCUCAAUGACAAGCACGAUGAUGGCAAAGAAGUUACUUUCUUCGAGAGCAUUCUCCAAAGAUCUCAAUAUGUCGAAUACAAGCUUUCUCACUAUCUCGAUAAAUCUGCUGAAUCGCUAUUUGGCUACAUCUCAGUCUUACCUGGAGCCUAUUCAAUGUUCAGAUGGCAAUGCAUCGAAGGAGUUCCUUUGAACGAAUUCUUGAAAGGGACUAUCAUUUCAGACCCAUCAAGGCCAUAUCCUUCUUGCUCUGAAGGCAACAAAUUUCUAGCCGAAGACCGAAUCAUGCCCUUAGAAAUCAUUUCCAAAGAAGAGUAUCCUUUCCUGAUUAGAUACGUUCCUGGCUGUAAGGCUUAUACUGACGCUCCGAGCGAACUCAAAGUGCUGAUUAAACAAAGAAGGAGAUGGUUCAAUGGAAGUCUUUUUGCUACUUUAUAUGUGUUAUGCCAUCCACUCAGAAUCUGUAGAAGAAGUGGGAAAUUAAGAGCUCUAUUUUAUUGGUUGUUCUUCUUGUACAUGGCCAUUAACACUUUAGCUGGACUUCUCAUUGUUGGUCUGUACUAUGCAGCCUACUCUAUAUUCUUGAGAUCAGUGUUCUCAGAAGCAGAAUGACCUGACUUGUCCAAAACAGCAAAUAUUCUUGAAAACAUCUACCUGGCUUUCAUCUUCUUCACGUUGAUCUUGAGCACCUGAGUUUGCUUGGAAUGGUGCGAUAGAAUCUUCAAAAUAAUUGCUGUAUUUAUGGGAGUCUUCUCAGUUUUGAUGAGCGUUGCAGUGCUGAUCUCUGUGAUGAAUCUUGAGCUCAACUACAAGGUGUACAUAGCUGUGGGAGGAGUGAUAUGCACUUAUGUGUUGCCAAUGAUUCUUAACUUUAGAAGAUUGAAGUUCUUAGAUUUUGUGAAAGGAACAAUCUUCAUCUUUUUCAUGGCUCCAACAUAUAUCAACAUCAUGACCAUCUACGCAAUCUCAAACAUUCAUGAUGUGACCUGGGGGUCUAGAGGCUCUGAAGACGAAAAUGGGACCGAGAGCGAAAGAGACAAAGCCCAGAGGAUUGACUAUGAGAACUUCAGAUGCAAUUUCCUAAUUGUCUGGCUAUUUGCGAAUAUUGCUGCUGGCUGGUGUGUUGUGUUCUUCUCAAGAGAAGACCAGACUGAGUAUUUGUUCCUGGUGGUCUUGGCUUUGGGAGGAAUUAUCGCCUUGAAAAUAAUCUUCUCAAUUUGUUAUGAAGUCAGGUUCUGGUGUAAGAACAUCAAGAUGAGCAAAAGAAUCAGGAUGGACAAGAAAAGAUAUGGGAUGAAUUUCAACACUGCUGAGCCUGAAAAUGUAGAAACUCUGGACAUUGUGCCUUUCACUGAUACAAGCCAUCAAGCGAGUCAAACAAUUCCAUUCCAUAUCCUGCCCUCAUCUCCGAUCUCUCAUCCAAUUAAUCAUGAUGAUCCUAAACCAGAGGAAGAAUCUAAAGGCCUUGCGAGCAGCUCUUUAUCAGAGACAUACUUAUAUUUAAAUGCCGACAGGUCUCUUUACAGAGCAUCAGAGAAAUCCUCAGACAACGGGUUUAUUGCUAGCUCACCUUCUAUUAAUAAAAAGCAUUCUAAACCUCAACAAUUAAGCCAAAGCUGAAACAAGACCACACGUAAUGACUCUACUCCAGUUAAAAGUCCUUGCAGACCUCACCAGUCAAGCAUUGAUCAAGAAUCACCUGUUUCUUCAGAUGAUGGAGACAAUUAUAGGUUUACUUCCAGCCCUGAUUUUUAUCUUAACCAGUCAAACCUCUUUCAGCAUCCAAGUUCCCUUAAGCCAUCUUCCCAAGCACUUAAAGAAGAAGCUGCCAAGCCAACAGAAGGAAUAAGAAGGAAUAAAAGAAAGAGAGCAAAGAAAUAGACUUCAGAUAUGUGUGUUGUAGCAAUUUCAAUUG